AUGAGGGCCGCCAUCACAAUCACAUUCUUCUUCACUCUCUGCCUGAUGUCAGUCUUCUACAGAGUGAAGGGAGAUCCUGUGCUUGUGCUGAACAGCUCUCAAUCAUCUCAAUCAUCUGAAGAGAAGUUCAACCUGACUGACAGAGAGAAAGAUCACUUUACUGUGACCAUCAGAAACAUUUCUGCAGAGGAGCGUGGAGUUUAUUUAUGUGGAGUGGAGAGAGACGGAUCAGAUGAUCGACCUUCAAAAACAUCAAUUACUCACAUAACCUUCAUUAAGGAGAUUGAGCUGAAUGUUUCUAGUCAAAUAUCUUCUGUCCAGGUUGAGGCCUACAUCAGUAAAGCAGUUUUCAUAACGUGUAAAUUUCCACAAGAAUUUAUAGAAAACAAAAAAUUCAUCCAGAAAGAUUCAUCAGAGAAGAUCCCUGUUGAUGAACAGAAUCGAUGGGUCCGUCAUGAUAAAGUGCUCAUGUAUGAUGAUACCAGUGAAGGAGUUUUGAAGGUUUUUAUCAGAGAUUUAACAGCAGCUGAUGAAGGAACGUACAGAUGUGGAGUGAAUACCGCUGACGAUCAUCUGUUCACUGAGAUCACACUGAAGAUCAAUCAAGCUGAUCAUUUUCAUGCAUCAAACGAAUCAGCUGCUGUUAUUGGUGAACGUGUGAAACUCAGCUGCAGUUACCCUGAGAAACACGAGACCAUCAAACACAUCUGCAAAGAGAACAAUGAGAAGAUCUGUCAGAGCAUCAGCUCAUCAGAGAAGCAGCGCUUUGAGUUUUCUGACAGUACAGCAGGAGUUUUUACAGCGAGCAUCAGUAAUGUGAGCCUGAGAGAUGCUGGAGUUUACUGGUGUGGAGCAGAAACCAGAGACACAUAUCUGACUUCUGUUUCUCUCACCAAUAACCACCAACUGACUUUAACCAUGAUCAGACGUGAAGGAGAUUCAGUCGAGAUCAAAUGCCCUUAUGAUGAAAACCACACAAAAGAAAUAAAGCAUCUGUGCAAAGGAAAGUGUUUCACUCCAGAUGCUCAAAAUAUCAUUCGGUCAGAUGAAGAUUAUGUUAAAAACCCAAAGAUUUCAGUAAAGGACGACACUGCACUCAAUCUCUUCACUGUGACCAUGACUGAUCUGAGAGCAGAGGAUGCUGGGAAAUACUGGUGUGCAGUGAAAGAUGCGUUUAACCUUCCCAUUGAGCUCAUGAUCAUCACGAAGGACGCGGUCACUCAUGAAGCGUCUGUCGGAGGAUCAGCGUCCAUCAGCUGUAAACACAUCAGGAAUCAAGCACAGAGGUUGUUCUGCAGACGAGAUCAGCUGAAUAUCUGCGUCAGAGACGGAGUUCAUGUUUCAUCAAAUAACAGAACAAACGGCAGAUUCUCUCUGACUGAAGAAACCUCUGCUGGAGUCUUUACUGUGAAGAUCAGCAAUCUGAGAGCAGAGGAUUCUGGGAAAUACUGGUGUGCAGAGGAGAGUUCUGGGUCCUUAAUAUUCACUGAAGUUCAGCUACACGUGACCGGAGAAAUGACGACAUCUGACACCAAAAGAGAAACAUCACCAGAAAAAGAAAAGCCUGGUUUCUUCUGUCAGCUUCCAGAAGCAUGA